GGUAACGGGGUUAACGGAGCUCAUGCUCACAUCAUAAUGAUAAAAUGUCGAAUAUAAAUAAAUAAAUAACCUGUAGUGACAUAUUUUAUAGCCAUAUUUGUUAAUUUUGUACGCUCACAAUUAACAUCGAUGAACACUUGCUAGAAAAAAAAAUUGUAAAUUGGAGAUUCCUGUUAAUCUGAAAAAAUAUAUGCACUAGUCCUGGAAUUAAAUAUUGUUUAAAUGUUAGAUAAGGUGUAAUUGGAUUUAGAAAUAAACGUAACACGAUUCAGGAUAUUUGCAUAAGAAAUUAAUACAGUCUAAUUUCCAAUUGAUAUAUUUAAUAAGGAAAUGGUUAACUAGAUUUUAUUUUUUUUAGGAAUUUUAUAUUUUCACAAUAAGUGGCAACCCAGCACUAAAGUAAAAUUGUACAGAAGUAUAAAUAUACACAGUAUUCUCACUCACCGGCCACUUUAUUAGGUACACAUUGCUAGUACUGGUUUGGACCUCCUUUUGCCUUCAGAACUGCCUUGACUUGAUAGCAUCACACAGUUGCUGCAAAUUUGUCGACUGUACAUCCAUGAUGCGAAUCUCCUGUUCCACCAGAUCCCAAAGGUGCUCUAUUGGACUGAGAGAUAAUGACUGUAGAGGCCAUUUGAGUAUAGUGAACUCAUUGUCAUGUUCAAGAAACCAGUUUGAGAUGAUUUGAGCUUUGUGACAUGGCGUGUUAUUCUGCUGUGCUGUGGUCAUAAAUGGAUUGACAUGGUUAGCAACAGUACUCAGGUAGGCUGUAGUGUUUAAACGAUGCUCAGUUGGUACUAAGGGGCCCAAAGUGUGUCAGGAAAAUCUCCCCCACACCCUUACACCACCAGCAGCAGCCUGAACUGUUGAUGCAAGACAUGAUGGAUUCAUGCUUUCACGUUGUGUACACCAGAUUCUGACCCUACCAUCUGAAUGUUGCAGCGGAAAUUGAGACUCAGGCAACGUUUUUCCAAUCUUCAAUCUAAUUUUGGUGAGCCCAUGCAAAUUGUAGCCUCAGUUUCCUGUUCUUAGCUGACAGGAGUGGCACCAGGUGUGGUCUUCUGCUGCUGGAGCCCAUUUGCUUCAAGGUUUGACGUGUUGUGCGUUCAGAGAUGCUCUUCUGCAGACCUUGGUUGUAACAAGUGGUUAUUUGAGUUACUGUUGCCUUUUUAUCAGCUCGAACCGAUCUGGCCAUUCCCUUCUGACCUCUGGCUUCACCAAGGCAUUUUCACCCAUAGAACUGCCACUCACUGGAUAUUUUCUCUUUUUCCUGACCAUUUUCUGUGUAAACCCAUGAAAAUCCCAGUAGAUCAUCAGACUAGCCUGUCUGGCGCCAGCAACCAUGCCACUUUCAAAGUCCCUUAAGUCACCAUGUGAUUGGCUGAUUAGAUAUUUGCGUCAACAAGCAGUUGAACAGGUGUACCUAAUAAAGCCGCUUUCCCAUGGUUUGGCAUGGACAUUGGUGGCACAUUGGUGAAGCUGGUCUACUUCGAGCCCAAAGACAUUACAGCAGAGGAAGAACAGGAGGAGGUAGAGAGUCUGAAAAGCAUCCGUCACUACCUCACCUCACACACCGCCUACGGCAAAACAGGUAUUCGAGAUGUCCACCUGGAGCUGACUGACCUCACCCUUUGGGGCCGCAAGGGCAGUCUGCACUUCAUUCGCUUUCCCACGCACGAGCUGCCUGCCUUCCUGCAGAUGGGCCGAGACAAGCACUUCUCCAGUCUGCACACGACCCUCUGUGCCACUGGAGGUGGUGCAUUUAAAUAUGAGGCUAACUUCCGUACGAUGGCCAAUCUGCAGCUGUUGAAGCUGGAUGAGCUGGAAUGUCUGAUAAAGGGGGUUCUGUACAUUGACUCGGUGGUCUCAAGUGGUUUAUCCGAAUGUUACUAUUUUGAGCACCCAACAGACCCUGAGCGUUGCGAGCAGAGGGCAUACAACCUGGAGAACCCCUAUCCUUUGUUGCUUGUCAACAUUGGCUCAGGUGUCAGCAUACUGGCUGUAUACUCCAAAGACAACUACAAGCGUGUCACUGGAACCAGUCUUGGUGGUGGUACAUUCCUUGGGUUGUGUUGCCUGUUGACUGGAUGCUCCACCUUUGAGGAGGCAUUGGCAAUGGCCACAGAAGGAGAAAGCACACGUGUAGAUAAACUAGUCAAGGACAUUUACGGUGGUGACUAUGAGCGAUUUGGCUUGCCAGGAUGGGCUGUUGCCUCCAGCUUUGGGAACAUGAUGUGUAAGGAGAAGAGAGACUCCGUCUCAAAGGAGGAUCUGGCUAGAGCAACACUUGUCACCAUCACAAACAACAUUGGCUCAAUCACACGCAUGUGUGCGCUUAACGAGAACAUUGAAAGAGUGGUGUUUGUUGGGAACUUCCUGCGAGUGAACACAUUAUCCAUGAAGUUGCUCGCUUAUGCUUUGGACUACUGGAGCAAAGGACAACUCAAAGCCCUAUUCCUUCGACAUGAGGGAUAUUUUGGUGCGGUUGGUGCACUUUUGGAAUUACCAAACCCAUCCUGAUCUACUAAUCAAUCGUAGUUCAUGUCUUUUACCAAAAGAUGUAUUUAUGCAAACAGACCAAAGUUGCCUUCAAAUAUCAGACAUGCCCUCAACUGUAAAACCCAAGCCAUGUCAUCUACCACAUACCAAAAAUAUUAUAGUCACUAAAAUAAUAACUCUUAUACAUUCAGGUAAAACAAUAAGGAUUAACCACAUUGCAAUACUAGUUUUGGGAAUUGCUGCAAACUUCAAAAAUAUUUAGACCCUUUGAAAGUUUUCAACAUCUUAUAUUAUGGCACGUUAAAAUCAACAGCUGAUAUGAGAAUAAACCAAUAAGAUCUGAUCUAUAGCUUAUAUCAGCACUUUUUAGUCACAAUGAAGUGAUUAGAUAUAAUUUAUAAUACUGAAAUGUGUUCGCUAUCAUCUUAUAUUGUCUGUACAAUAGUUAAUGGUUAUGGAUUGCAUCAAGCAGCAGUACAGUGAUUGAAAUCUAUAUUGUUUGUGGUUGUAAGUGACAGUAAUCAUUACCCCGGUAUAUGGUACAUUUCACUAUUUUUGAGGCACAAUCAUCAUUUACUCAAAAGCAAGCAGAUAUCACUCAGGCACCUUUCUUUUUCAUUUUGCUCUAUUCUUUAUAUAACUGAUGCAAUAUAUAAUUGUUGUAGAGGUCUGGUGUAUAAAAAGUUAUUUUAUGCUAAGUGAGAAUCAAUUUCGGAAUGUAGCUCAUAUUAUGUUUGUAGAAAAAUGUUGUUUUGUUUGACAGCAUUUUGCAUUAAACAACUGUUAGAGAGAAAGGGACCAGGCAAAAUUUUGACCUUUUAUCAGGGAGGGGAACAAAAACUUUUACACUAUGGAUAAUUCUCCUCUUCAAAGCUGAGAUUCUGUCUAAUCGUUUUUUGUGCUCUGUUACUUUCUCCUCAUAGUCUGUUGUAUAUUAAUUGCUUGAUUGCUCAUGUCUGUACAGGUAAUAGGCAUUUUGUUCCUACACCAGCAAAUAUCAUGCUUGCGUUUUGUUUAAAACAACACUGUGGUAUUGUGUUCUUCAACAAAACGGCCUUUGUAGCUUUUUAAUCCAAAUGAUUGUCAAUUUUUUUUGUAAUAAAAUAUGUAAAUCACAAUAUAA